AUGCCGGCGGUCGCGGCGGUCGCGGCGGUCGCGCCGCGCGGAAGCGCGCGUCGGCGGCGAUGGUCGAGCGCGCCGCGCCGCGCGGGCGCGAAUACACGCGCGAAUGCGACAUCGACGAAGCGCGGUGGCGAAGAGGCUCUUCCCGAGGAGGAGGGAUCGUGGCUGGUCACCGGCGCCGCGGGGUUCAUCGGGAGCCAUCUCGUGCAGCGCCUCCUCUCCACCGGCGCCAAGGUCAUCGCGGUGGAUAACAUCGACGACCGCGGACCUUACCCGCCGGCGUGGAAGGAGGCCAACCUCGAGGUGCUCGCCGACACCGCGAGACGGACGCGUGCGUCGGGGUCCAGGCUGGUCGUCGACGAGGACGACGACGACGGCGCGCUCGCGUCGAACCCGCGCCCGAUGCCACCGGUGUCGAGGGUGAUUCACCUCGCCGCUCGAUCGGGCGUCGCCGGCGCCACCGCCGAUCCCGAGGGCGCGACGGACGCGAACGUGGCGUCAACAGCCGUCCUCCUCGACCUCGCGUCCGCACACGAGUGCGUGUCGUUCACGCUCGCGUCGUCCGGGAGCGUCUACGGCGAGUGCGCCGUGGACGUCGACUCGGGGGAGCCGGUGGCGAGCCGCGAGGACGAUUCGACGGAUCACCCGACUUCGCCCUACGCGGCGAGUAAGAGAGCCGCCGAGCUCAUGGCGCACGCGUACGCCUCCCUCGCGUCGGCACCCUCGGCACCCUCGGCACCCUCGGCACCCUCGGCACCGAUGCGGGUGACCGUCGCGCGGAUCUUCACCGUGUACGGACCGCGAGGCAGGCCGGACAUGGCGGUGUACCGCUUCGUCGCCGCGCUUUUGAAACGGGAAAAGAUUCGACGCUUCGGCGACGGGCAGUCGACGUGGCGGGAUUACCUCCACGUCGACGACGUCGUGUCGGGGUUGCUCGCGGCGGCGAGGAGGGGCGAGGGUGCCGAGGUUGGUGCCGACGCGUUCGCGAUCGUUAACCUGGCGAGCGGAUCGCCGACGCGGCUCGGCGAACUCAUCGACGCGGUGGCGAGCGCCGUCGGUUUGACGAACGGCGCCGACGAGUUCGUCACGCAGGCGCCCGGGAGGCCCGGGGACGUCGGCGGGACGUUCGCUGACGUGUCAGCGGCGAAGUCGCUGAUUGGCUGGGAGCCGACGAUAGGGCUGCGGGACGGCGUGGCGUCGACGGCGGGGUGGUACGCGUCGGAGGAGGCGCGGGCUUGGGGCGGAGGCGGGGGCGACGGGGAUACGUGA